CGGCGAGAGCGAAGAGACCACAGCCUCCACACUGCUUCUGCGCCCUCACCCACACGUCCGCUGAACAGGAACCGGCUCGAUAGUGUCAUCGACACACGGAUCCUGCAGAGAGCACAGAACAAAGACGAGUUGUUCUCACCUUUUGCUCCGCACCUUGAGGGAACGGGAUUGUAUUCGGGCUCAGUAGCGCUGGUCGGACGCCGCUUCCUGCUUCGUCUUGUUGCGCGCUCCCGUUGCGGCCGGACGGAGGAUCGGCUCCUUUUGUGUCGCUCGUUGUUUAUCCACGCUCCAACUCGUGCCUCCCUGUAAAAGCGGGGGCUUUUUUUUCCGUCGUCUUGUUCCAGCUUAAACGGAAUGAAUGACAAAAACAAAGGUUGAUGUGCAUAACUCCUCGGCGCACGCCUUCUUCGCCUCGCCCAAAGAACGGAGACUCCAUCUCCGGCAGAAGAUGGAAAGCGGAGGCGGGACGGAAGGCUCGGACGGCGGGCAGCCGCAGCACAAUCCCCGCCCGGAAACGGCGGAGCUCCCCGCGGUGCCGGGCGAGAAGAAGAAGGUAAACCGGGCUCCUUCUCCGGCUAGACCGAAAGAUGUACCCGGGUGGUCCUUCACUAAGAUCCGCGGAGGCAUCGGGACUCCCACCCUGAGCGUCAAGCCGGGAUCCAUCCACCUUGGCAGCCGCAUCUCCAGGCGCAGCCCGGUGGGGGGUCUUGUUGGGAAGGACGGGAAAACGGAGAAGAGCAAACCGACGGGGAAAGCCUCACCCGCCGCCGCCGCGUCCUCCAAGACCUCGGCCAAGGCGGCGAAGAGCUCCGGCGGGCGGAGGAAGGUGUCCGACGCCAGCGUCGGCUCCGACGACUUGUCCAAGGACUCCGGCUGCGCUCCGGGAAAGCUGUCCCCCACCGACAGCAGCUCCGAGCUGUCGGACUGCGCCUCCGAGGAGAACAAGGUCUCCACGGACGCCGUGAGCAGCGACACCGAGUCGAGGAGCAGCCGGGGCGGCGGGCCGGACGGAGACCGGCCGCCGAGGGACCGCGCCGCGGCCGCGGCCACCUGCUUCACCGCGGACCGGGACCGGCUCUCCGUCGGCGUGGAGGCGGGCGAGGGGAGCGUAUCCCCCGGCGACGAGCGCUCGGGCACGUCGUUUGACAGCAGGAUGCCAGCCAGCACGUCGCUGGCCUUCUCAGACCUCACGGAGGAGUUCGUGGACGGCAUGCACGAGGAGUUUGUCCGGGAAAUAGAAGAGCUGAGAUCCGAGAACGAUUACCUCAAGGACGAGAUGGAGGAGUUGCGCUCUGAAAUGCUGGAGAUGCGGGACAUGUACAUGGAGGAGGACGUCUACCAGCUGCAGGAGCUGCGGCAGCAGCUGGAGCAGGCGAACAAGACCUGCCGCAUCCUGCAGUACCGGCUCAGGAAGGCAGAGCGGCGCUCUCUCCGCGUGGCGCAGACGGGGCUGGUGGACGGGGAACUGAUUCGAACGCUGGAGCAAGACGUCAAAGUGGCCAAGGACGUCUCUAUCCGCCUCCACAGUCAGCUGGACUGCGUGGAAAAGAAGAGAAAUGAUCUGGAGCAGGAAAACGAGGAGAUGAGGGUCCGACUGCAGGAUCUGGAGGUCGCCAAGCAGGUUCUGCAGCAGGAACUCGACAAGAACUGCCUGAAGAAAAGAGGAGCCCGAACCAACAACAAGCCCGACAAGAAGCCGGGUCCACAGGAGGACAGUUCAGACCUGAAGUGUCAGCUCCACUUUGCCAAAGAGGAAUCAGCCCUGAUGUGCAAGAAGCUGACCAAGCUGGUGAAGGACAGCGAGGCCAUGAAGGAGGAGCUGGCCAAGUACCGGUCGCUGUACGGAGACGUAGACGCCUCGCUCACUGUGGACGAGGUUGCCGACUCCCCCCACACACGCGAGGCGGAGAUCAGAGUUCACCUGAAGCUGGUGGAGGAGGAGGCCAACCUGCUCAGUCGGCGCAUUGUGGAGCUGGAGGUGGAGAACAGGGGCCUCCGAUGUGAGAUGGAUGAAAUGAAGGGGCCACAGGACUGCAACCACGAGCUCAGCGGUGUGGGCGGUGGCCUGGGGGCCGGGGGGUCCGCGGCGCCCAGCGGAGCCGCGUCAUCAGAAACCGUCAUGGAGCUGCAGCGGCACCUCCAGUUCGUGGAGGAGGAAGCGGAGCUGCUGAGGCGGUCGCUCAUCGAGCUGGAGGAGCAGAACAAGCUGCUGAUGAACGAGAUCAACCGCUACAAGUCCGAGCUCCCGCCGCCGCCGUCCGGCUCGCUGGCGUCGCUGGCCGACGAGCUGCUCGCCGACGGCUCGGUCCACUCGGCGCAGGAAGGGGCGGUGCUGAUCAGCACGGACGCGCCCGCCCCGGAGGAGGAGCUCCGGCUGGCCCGGCUCCAGGUCGGGGAGCUGAGCGGGAAGGUGAAGAAGCUGCAGUACGAGAACCGGGUGCUGCUGUCCAACCUGCAGCGCUGCGACCUGGCCCAGUACCACGGCCCGGCCUCCUCGCCCUCGCCGUCCUCGCCGCGGCUGGCUCUGGAGACCGACGCGGAGGCCGGGGACUCCGCCGAGUGCCUCCCGAACAGCCCGCUCCACCUUCGACAGCCGGUGGGAAGCGAGAGCGACGCCCCGGAGGUCAAGGAGCGGAAAACGAAGAUGGAGGACAGCGCCGGCGGAGCGGCGCCUCUGCCCCAGUGCCUGGGGCAGAAGGACCAUGAUGCCUUGCUGGCCAUGAGGGACCAGGCUCGCUUGGUUUCCACAGCCAUUCAGCUCCUGACCUCCCCCGAGUCCAACUGCCUCACCUCCUCCCCUUCCCCAUCGCUGUACCACAAGGUCUGCAGCAAUGACGCAGCAGAGCCGUGCGACCUGGAGAAACCUCACAGCCAGAUUUCAGAGCUGUCCGACCUGGCGGAUCGGCCGCUGGUUGGUGCUCUGACCAGCAGGCUUCAGGCUCUGCACACCCAGCUGCAGGCUUUCGUGGAGCGCGUGGACAGUGUGGGUAGAGGCCGAAGCGGCGCCAGGGAACCUCGGGCUGACGGAGAGGCCUCUUCGCCUUCCCUCCGCUCUGCAGGCGGCCAGGACAGACUGAAGGCCGCCGAGGAGAAGCAGCCUGAUUCUAGGGACCAAUCAGAGCCAGAGGUGAAGGGUCAAACCGAGGAAAACACUGACACGGUGCAAAAGCAGGAAAUUACUCCACUGGAACUGGACGAGAAGGAGACAGAUGAGGCUCUGCCCAACCAGAUCCAUUUGUCUGAAACAGAAGAGUUUGCUCAAGAGGAGAAACACACUCAGAAAAAAAAAAUCCCUCUCAAACUCACCCAGCUCCGGGAGGAGCACCAGAAAGCGCUGCUCCGUCGGGACUUCCAGCUGCAGAGUCUGGGCCUCCAGGCCCGGCUGCAGCAGCGGCUGUGGAGCCAGGAGAGGACCCUGCUGGUGCAGGAGUCCCAGCACCUCAAACAGGCUCUGCUCGUGCUCAGCCUCAAGCUACGCUGCUUCCUCAAACAGUGGAGGCUCGGCUGCAAGAAGGACACCGAGUGGAAAGACGUCCUGGAGAUGAACAGCCUGAAGGAUCUCUACCUGCUGCUGGAGGAAGAGAACCUGACAAGCCCCUCCCACCAGACCGACAAGAGGCCUGCUGCCGACGAGCAGCCGCUCAACCCGACCAUCAAGUGCAGGGUGGUGAGCAGCACCCUGGCAGACCUGAAGGUGGCCCUGCGAGACCUGAGCGGGGAGCUGCGGCAGGAGCGGCAGGGCUCCCAGGAGCUCACCCAGCAGUUCGCCAAAGCCAAGGCGUCGUGGGAGGUGGAGAGGACCGAACUCAAGAGCCUCAUAACACAGUAUGAAUCGAAGCCUGGUAAAACAGCAGCAGCCCUGACCUCCGCUGAUGCGCUGGAUCCUCCAGACCUGAAGGUGGCGUUAAAGAGGGAGCGUGAAGAACACCAGCACCUCCUGGCAGAGUCGUAUGCAGCUGUGAUGGAUCUGACCAAACAGCUCCAGAUCGGAGAGAGAAACUGGGGCAGAGAGAAGCUGGAGCUGCUGGAGAGGUUCAGUCAGGAGAGAGCUCAGUGGGAGCAGAAAGUGAGAGAGGCCACUGCACAGCAGGCAAAGUUAAAACCAUCCAGCAGUGAGACCUGUGCAGAUGCCGUCAUUCGGAAUGGAACCGGAUCACCUAGGACCAAAUCCACAUCAGAGCUGGACGACUCAGAAAUCAGCAAAACAGCCAAUCAGAACCACAUCCAAUGUGGAUUCUUGCCUGUUUUGAUUCCCCCAGAGGUGAGUGACCUCACCAGGAAGAAUUGGACCUACCUGACCAAUGAGGCACCAGAGGUGGAGAACUUUUGCAAAACGUGGGACGGCCCCAGUGGCUCGUGCAGCGUUACGCCAUCGGACUCGGUCCAGAGGAGCUACACUGCUCCGGACCGCACAGGGAUCCGGAUCUACUACAGCCCUCCCGCCGUACGACGCAUGGAGCAUCGCGCGAAAAACCAGGAGGCCGCGGCUCGACGGGCCCAGAACGGCACCCCCUCCGUGGGAGCAAGCGGCUGGGACACGCUGGAAGCGCAGGAGCUCCCGCAGCAACUGUCCUCGUCCUCCUUCUCAUACGAGCAGUGGCUCGGCUCGCUGUCUAAGCAGCACAGGGAGCUGCUGGAGAGCAGGAGCAUCGGCAGCUCCGUCCCCAGCGUGCUCAACGACAGCACGAGCGGCUCGGCCAACAGCGUGGUCGAUGGGAUGGCGCCCUCGCCGGCCUUCCUCGAGAUUGGGGAGAUGUCGGCCAACCUGAGCGAUGACAUGAAGGAGAUGACCAACUGCGUGCGUCAGGCCAUUCGCUCUUCAUCUCUGGAGAGGAAGACCAGCAAGGAGCCAGGCAGUCAGUCGGUGGGCAUGUCCACCAGAUCCACGCAGACCGCUGCCCAAUCCGUCAGCAUCGGGCUUCAAACCGACAACCUUCCCAGCAGCAGCAGGGGAGCGGGGCUGCACUCCAAGGCCUGGUCCCCUCGGCCGUCCUCCACCGCCGCCGCCUCGUCGCCACUGGCAUCGGCGCGGACGCGGCAGAUAUCGACUUCCCUGGACAAGGUGCACAGCCGCAUCGAGCGGCCGUGCUGCUCGCCCAAGUACGGCUCGCCCAAGCUGCAGCGCCGUGUGUCCUCUGGUUCCACCUCCAGGCUAGACCGGACGCCAACCACCCGGGAUCGCACUCUGUGGAGCCUCCAGCAGAGGCCCAUGGGCGGAGGCGGGGGCGGGGGCGGGGGCUCGGCCUGGGCGCGCUCCACCACCACCAGGGACAGCCCCGUCCUCAGCGGCCUCACCGACGGCCUCAGCAGCCUGUUCAGCGUGGUGGAGCACUCCGGGAGCACAGAGUCGCUGUGGAGGGGUGACGGGGGGGCCAGUCAGGGCGCCAGUCCAGCACGACACCCUCCUGCUGCAGGUAAACCGUCCGUGGCAGCGGCCGCUGGGUCCGAUCCCGGCUCCCAGCGCUACGGAGGCCUUGUGCAGGAGUUCUUCAGGAGCGUCUGCAACGGGCGCGGCCCGGGAGGGGUCCCUCCGCCUCAGAGGGAGUCUCCGUGCGUCCUGGGGGGGUUCGGUGGGCCGGACGAGGCCAGGCCCGAAUGCGCGUCAGCAGGAGCGGGCGGAGGCAGCGACGGCGUCGACGGCGACAGGAUGGUGAACAAGAGGUCGAGCCGACAGACGGCGGGGGAGGAGAUGGUCGGCAUCCUGGGGGGGGGGAAGGAGGCCCCGGGCGGCGCCGGGCCCGCGGCGGAGGACGCCGUCUGCGACUGCUCGGCCCAGUCGUCGUGCUUCGGCCGCCCGUCCAGAGCGGCCCCCCGUCACCCGCCGGGCCAGUGCAAGCACCGCUCCCGCUGGGAGCCGGGAUCGGAUCCAGCGGCCGUCGAGGACAAGAUGGACGCCUGCACCGAGUGACGAGGCCUCUGCUCCACGCUCUCGCGCCACCGAAUGUACAUACGCACCCACCACCCGCGACGCAGAGCAACACUGCCACACACAACGUGCACAGACCCACAAAGCCACUGCCACGUGCGCACACAACGCAGGCACCGCGGCUUUGGACGGAGCCGGCACAUCCACACACGAAAACUCAAACACGCUUUGAUGAAGUCACCUUCCCGCCGCGACGGACCGGCAGCCGCACACUUCCAUGCGAAGGGGGCGGGAGUCACGCUGGGAGCUGGAAGGAUUCACAUCCUGAGCGUCAGGCACGAGUCUCCUUCUGCGACUCCUCCAGAGAAAAUGCCUCUCUGACGCCUGUCACACGUGCAGUGAAGCUGCAAGUUUUUAUUGAUUAGCACAAAAACAUUCCGGUGAGCGGAUCUAAAAAUGUCUAAAAGACUAGUUUUUAAAAGCCUCACAAUAAGAACCCCUGGCUCUCUAAAGAAGAUCGAGACACAGACGUUUAGAACAGAUCAUAGUGACCUGAUUGUUCAUCCACUGAGUCCAGUGGUUGACUUAAUAAUACAUUCCUUUUAUCCAAGCAAGGAAUGUCGACAUUCCCAGUUCACCCGUCCCAGCGCAUCACUGUUGGGAUCAGCAAAUACUCGUCUUACUUCCUCAGUCUGCUCUUCAGUGCUGGACCAUUAUUAUCCUGUAGCUACUGUACCAACACCGACUCUAUGACCUGUAGCAAAACCAAACGGCAGCUACGAGCUGCGAAGUUUUUACUUUUUUUAAUUUACAGACAUGAUUAAAUCACAGUUUUAAUUCAGAUAUUUUAUAUUUGUCGAGCUUUGCUGAAUUAAAAUUUAGGAGAAACACGGCAUCUGGGAAAGAAAGAAAACAAUCACAAAUAAAAUGUCACCCGUGAAUCGAGUCAAAGCUGAGCACUAGCGUGGUUUUCAGUCCAUCCUCCUUGUGCCGCGCGUUUCUCUUUCUAACGAAUCAGCUGAUGUUCAAAGUGCCUGAUAGUCAGCUCACACCAAAACUGGAUGACGACCACAUGAAACCCUGCAGGCCUCUAGCGCCUAUCGUUUUAUGGGCCAGAGGUCAAGCACUGAACCACAAGGAAAGAUGACGCAUGGUUUACAGCUGUGAGAUAGACUCACCUUUGGGUUCUUGUAUUCCUGGACAGGUAAAUUAUUUUUUUGUUUUGUUUCUUUUUUAUGGAUAUUGUUGCUGAUACAUUAGCCUGUUUCGGUUCUCGCUGUUUAGUUAUCGUGGUGCUACGUGGUCUUCAAUCGGCUGCAGGCUCAUACGCUCCUGUGCCACUGUCUGUGUCUGAGGAACAGUUGAGCGCUCCACAGUCCCUGCCCUCCACCAAUGACUCAGCAGUUUUAAAUAGGGCAUUACAGUACGUGUGCACCUAUUUAAAUCUCCACUGCAGCGUAACCAAGCGAUGAUUCAAGACCACAGGAGUCCUAGGACCUUGCCAUUAAAUGAGUGUAUAUAUGUAACGAGGUUUAGCUCACGCCUGGUUCCUUCCACAUUCUGGCUUUGUGAAGACGUGAUUCAUCCAUCAGGGAUCUGGGUUUGAGCACAGGAAAAGAAGUAGCGGCUGCGCCUCCAUGUUUCUCCAUCCAAAGCAUAAAACGCUCUACAGCUUAAUAUUAAUAUGGCACCUAAUAAAUUAGCAUCAUCAUCUACAGUACGACAUUGAAAGUUCUCCUACACGUUAAAAGCACAAACAUCCCGGUUCCGGGCACGGUUUACUCAAACGUCACGUGACCAACGUUGUCCAACGACACGAACUAGAAACGCAACCAGAUUGUGUUCUACCUCACGCGCUCGCUCUGUGACACCUCGAAGGGCAACAGACCACACGAUUCACACACUCCACAUAUUUGGUGCACGUGCAGUGGGGCUUUAGUCCACGAGAAGGUGACUUUAGUGCCUUUCACCUACAAAGAUGUCUUGGUUUGAUUCCAGCUUAUUUCUCUGCUGAUGACGUGGCUGCGUCCGUGCUCCUCUGAUGACGCCCCCUUCCUCAGUCGUCAAGUCUUAAUUUGUUGUUCGGUUUAUUUAUGUCAUUAGUAGGAACUACAGAAAAGUAAAUAUUUAUUUUCUUAGUGUUUUCACUACCAGUAUUUUCUGCAACAUGGACCUAUUUUCUAUAAAAAUCUAACACGGCGCCGCGAGCGCGAGACUCGAGCGUCGCUCCAGCUCUGAUGUCAUUGGUCAGUCGUUCCUGCCUGCGUGUCAGGUGUCACCUUUGCUCCGCCCCCUCAGGUUUUAAGUACUGGCAAACGUUUUACGGGUCGCGCGCCUUCACCAGCCGACAGCGGAUGAGUACGGCACAAAGCACGAGUCUCAUUGUUCCCCGCGUGUGUGUGUGUGUCCACCUGUCAGAACAGCGACCUGGAUAUUUCCAGCCUUUUUAAUGGGUUUCCAUAACAUUUGUAUGAUUAUUACAUCAUGGGAAAUAAAUUGAGCUCAGCUAUUAGAGACAGCCUGUAUAUUCGCUUUAUAUAACCCGCUUGAGACCUUUUUUUUAUAACACUUUGAGUAAAAGCAGAAUGCAAUGGCAGCAAAAUAUGAAUACAUACAAAACGUGUCCUCUUGUACUGCAACUUGAAAAGCGACGCGUCUCCUCCCAGCUGUGAGAGAAGCUGAAUGUCAACAGCUGAUCUGAAGUCAGGUCGCUGUGGAAGCGUGUAGCUCUCUCCUGCCGCGCACGGGAGCGUUCCCUCUGUACAUACGAACGCUUUGGAAGGCGACGACAAACACCUGCAACAAACGCUAAAGACGCAGAAAUCGUCCGAAGUCCGACGAGUUGAGGUGGAUUUUUAAAAAGGGGAUUUCCUUUGUUUUUUUGACCGAUGUAGCUUGUAAAUGAAGACAUUAUGACUGCCUCCUGUUUGUCAUAGAAUUCACAAAUAAAUGUUGGAAUUUAACUUGGA